AUGGGUUCGUCCGUCGCCCUUUCGCAGCGGUCCCGCCGGUCUGGGGGUGAUGAACAGCCUGUCAAUGUCACGACGGGUGCCGUAGACGAGGCAACUACCGUGGAACCGAUCCCAGAUGGCGGGUACGGAUGGGUGGUCAUCUUCGUCUGCUUCAUCUAUACCUUCUGGCAGAACGCCUGGACUGGGUCAUGGGGCAUCCUCCAAGUCGCCUUGCUCGAGUCGACCUUGCGCAACUCCACAUCAAGCACCAUUGGCAUCCUGCUCUACAGCAUCAGCAACAUCACCAGCGCCUGGGCCGUAUCCAACGUCGGCGGCCUCUUCAUCACCUGCGGAUUCACCUACGGCCUUGGUACCUGUCUCAUAUACACCAUGUCCAACUCCCUGCCCAUCCAAUGGCUUAGCACCAAGCUCGGCACCGUCAACGGCAUCGGCGCAACCGUCAUGGCCAUCGUUACCGGCCUGCUCACCCAGAGCCUCGGCAUAGCCUGGACGUUCCGCAUCUUCGGCCUCCUCUCCCAAGCCACCGGCAUCCCAGCACCUUUCAUAAUCGACCCCUCCCUCUUCAACGACCUCGCCUUCUCGUCCCUCUUCGCUGCAGGCAUAGUAGGUGUCUUCUCUAUCUACGCUCCCCCUUUCUUCCUCCCCGCCAUCACUCACUCCCUCGGCUUCUCCCCUUGCAUCUCCGCCGCCGCCGUCGCCUGCUUCAACGCCUGCAUGGUCAUUGGCCGCCUCUCCUCCGGCUUCGCCUGCGAUUCCUGCGGUAGCAUGAACAUCCUCCUCCUCGCCAUAGCCCUCAAUACAUUCUCCAUGUUCGCCAUCUGGUCCGUCGCCUCUACCCUCCCCAUCCUGAUCGUCUCCGCCGUGCUGAACGGCCUAGCCAACGGCGCCUUCUUCGUCGCCCUCCCCGCCGCCGUCGGCAGGCUUGCGGGCGCACGCCGCGGCGCAGGCGCAGUGAGUAUUAUGCUUACGGGGUGGACGCCCGGCUUGCUAGUCGGGAGUCCUAUUGCCGGGGUCUUGAUCGAUGCUACGGGGGCGGGCAGUUCGGGGUCCAUUAGGGCAUAUAGUCAGGCGAUUUUUUACGGGGACGGGACGGCGCUGCUUUCGCUGGGUACAUCAAAAGUCCCUGCAUGCAUCUUGUUUUUCCACGAAACAAGGAUGAUCCAACGGAUCAGAAAAGAGGAAAGAGCAACGCUAAGAGUAAGCCACAGGUGA